UCCUGGGUUGUGUAGCUCAAUUCGCACGUGACGUCUUCAGCUGCUCAAGUCGUCCUGUUGAUGAGGGUAAUAAAAGCAACAGGAGAAAAGCGCUGUAACUUUAAAACUGCUGUAACAUUUGAGCAGUGUAAUGUAAAAAUAUCACACUGGGUACCUUUUUUUUCUUUCUUUUUUGUUUUCUUUAAGAAAACACGCUUCCCGUACUGUUUUCUUGCAGCAAAUACUUCUAGGACAUCAGGUGACAGUUUAAAACAUGGAACAGAUUUUUUUAAGUAAACCUUUUAGGUGGUCUGAUAUCAUGAGGUUGGCGUGCGUUUGUUGUUUCGUUGGCUGUGCGGGUUGCUACAAUUUGGAUGUGGAACAUUCUAUGGCUUUUCGCGGUCCCAAUGGUUCUUUAUUUGGAUAUUCAGUUUCAUUGCACAGCCAUGGAAAUCAAAAAUGGAUCUUAGUGGGAGCUCCAGUGGCUAAUUCAACUUUCAACCCUUCCAUUGCAAAUCCCGGUGCGGUUUACAGAUGCAACAUCAAAAACACGUCUGAGGACUGUGAGCAGCUAUCAAUGGGAAGUGAAAAGGAAGUCCCAUGUGGGAGAACAUGCCAAGCAGAGAGAGAUAACCAGUGGUUUGGUGUUAGUUUAUCCAGACAACCCCAAACUGAUGGGUAUAUUGUGGCAUGUGGACAUCGCUGGAAAAACGUUUUUUACACGCAUGGAGAUCAUCAAAAUAAACUACCCCAUGGUGUUUGUUACAAGAUACAACCAGACUUAAACUCCAGCAGUCAGCCAAUGACUCCAUGUUAUAUAGAAAACCAACGAAAAUUUGGUGACAACUAUGGCUCCUGUCAAGCUGGGAUGUCUAAUUUCCUAAUGGAGGAUUUGAUUGUUAUUGGAGCCCCUGGAUCUUUUUACUGGACAGGUUCUGUUUUAGUGUAUAACACAUCCGACAACACGUUACAUGCAUACGUUGAUGAUGAAAACGUAGUCCUUUAUGGAAGCUACCUAGGAUAUUCUGUUGGUGCUGGACACUUCAUUCACCCCCAGGGCACUGAAGUUGUAGGAGGGGCACCCCAGCAUGGGCAGACUGGUAAAGCCUAUAUCUUUACAUUUAAGUCCAAGUCUUUGUCAAUAGUUUUUGAAGCAAGCGGCAAGAAGCUCGGUUCCUAUUUUGGUUCUUCUGUCUGUGCUGUUGACCUCAAUUCAGAUGGGCUGUCUGACUUACUGGUUGGGGCUCCAAUGUACAGCACUGUAAGGGAGGAAGGAAGAGUUUACAUUUAUAUGAACUUGGGCAAUGCUGAUAUGAAGGAGCUAGAUUUUGAAUUGGUGGGGAGUGACUCGUAUUCAGCAAGGUUUGGAGAAACUAUCACAAAUCUAGGAGACAUUGAUGAUGAUGGUUUUCCAGAUGUUGCUAUUGGGGCUCCCCAGGAAGAAGAUCUACAGGGAGCUAUUUACAUCUACAAUGGCAGGAAGAAAGGGAUAUCUCAGUCCUAUUCCCAAAGAAUAACUGGAAACAUAAAUGGCAAUGUCUUCAAGAUGUUUGGCCAAUCUGUGUCUGGAGGCAUUGAUGUGGAUGGCAAUGGAUACCCAGAUGUAGCAGUUGGUGCCUUUAUGUCUGAUUCUGCUGUAGUUCUGAGGACACGGGUCGUGGUGAUUGUAGAGGCCUCCUUGAUUCUUCCUCCUUCUGUCAAUCGCACCAAGCCUGAGUGUGUUGAAAAUGGACAGCCCGCUGUCUGUAUGAAUAUCACUCUGUGCUUUAAGAUCAAAGGCAGGGACAUUCCAGGGCACAUAGGCUUCCUGUACAAUCUGACUGCCGAUGUCCACAGAAAGGCUGGGUUUCCUUCUCGGUUUUAUUUUAUUGGAAAUGGAACCUCUAACUGCACAUCAGGAAAGGUUGAGGCAUCCCACAAUCGUGUAAACUGUGUGACUCACCAGGCCUUUAUGAGAAAAGAAAUACGUGAUAUUUUCACCCCCAUCCAAUUUGAGGCAGCGUAUCAGCUUGGAGAGCAUGUUGUGAAAAGAGACUCUCCAAGCCUCUUUCCACCACUUCGACCCAUCCUACAACAGAGAGAAGAGGAGGAGAAUCAUGUCAGAAACAAGAUACAGUUUGCCCGGUACUGUGCUUGGGAAAACUGCUCAACCAAUUUACAGGUUUCUGCAAAGCUUGGCUUGCCACAGAUUCAUGAAAACAAGCCUUACUUUGCUCUUGGGAAUGGAAAGACUGUGAUGUUGAAUGUGACUUUAUACAAUGCAGGGGAUGAUGCAUUCCAAGCUUCUCUGCACCUCAGAUUCCCUGAAACUCUGUAUUUCGUUAAAGUUUUAGACUCGGAAGAGAAACACAUUAGCUGUGAGAUAGCAGAAGAUGAUCAUUCGGUUGUGGGGUUGGAUUGUAGUAUUGGCCAUUUAUAUAUCAACUCUUUGACAAAGACAGAUGUCACUUUUCUUCUGGAUGUGAACAAAGACAGUGUUCCAGAGGACCUCAACAUCACAGUUAAUGCAACCUGUGAAAGUGCAGAAGGAGCAGAUCUUCUGCAUGAUAAUAUUGCAACUUUAAUAUUGCCUUUGAGAUAUGGGGUUGACUUAAAUGUCCAUGGGCUUGUGUCACCCUCUUCAUUUGUAUUUGAAGAGAUGCAGGAUGAGUCUGAUUGUUUUACUAAGAAGUUUAAUUAUACUUUCACCGUAGUUAAUGUUGGCUUUAGCAAGGCCCCUGGCUCUAGACUGGAGAUCAAUAUUCCUAAUUCCAUUGCACCGCGCCCAUUCAAACUGUUCAACGUUUUGGAUAUUAAGACUUCCCUUGGAGAAUGUUAUCUUCCGAAUAAUACAAAAGACUGUGACAUACCAGAUACGUCAUUUAUUGAGGAUGUGGUGUUUUUCUUUUCAAAAACAAGCAGCAGGCAAUUGGGUAGAACUUCCAUUUUUUAUAUUGAAACAAUAGCUGACGCAUUUCCCAAGCAGGACACAUAUGUUAUUGAACUACAAAAAUACCAGUUUGCAAGUAUUAUUUUGGAAGCUCAUCACGAUCAGAAGCCAGUGAGGAGAGUAGAAUUAUCCAUUGUUGUAGUCAGCCUCUUUGUGGGGCUCUGUAUACUCUUGCUGCUUAUAUACAUCCUUUGGAAGGUUGGCUUUUUUAAAAGACAAUUACAAAAGGAACAGGAACAUCGAAAAAGCUGGGACUACGUAAAUAAGACUAAAGAUGUCUAUUGACAACAGAACCACCAAUGGUAGAGAACAUCUGGAUAUUAAAAAGAAAAAGACUAGUACAAACUCAAGGAAGAACAAACAAAAUUGUGUUAUAGAAUGGUUUGUCAAACCAAACAGUAUUUUUUAAAGAAGCAUUAGGACUUCAAACAAGCAUAUGUAUUUCAAAGUUAAAGGAGAACUGGUUUCUAUCAAACCAUGUGUUACAUGUUACUGUCAAGUACAGUAUGUUGUCAGCAGAGUUCUUUCAUAGGUGAUACAAUUCAAAGACAAUGAACUCACUUUUAAGAUCGCCUUUUUUUGAAAUUACACUGAUUUUAUGAAACCUUUUUAGAAUACAUUGUCAACAAGACAAAUGAACUGCACUUCAUCUUUUAAAUCUGAAUGUAUUCACUAAGUGCAUCUCUGAACCACAGUAUAUUAACAAUUUUAUUCUUCGGGUGUUAAAACCAAAUUACAGGGGGACCAGACACUGCAUCAGUGACCAAACACAUUUAAAUGAAGGAGGCUGUGUGGUCCAGUGGUUAAAGAAAAGGGCUUGUAACCAGGAGGUUCCCGGUUCAAAUCCCACCUCAGCCACUCAUUGUGUGACCCUGAGCAAGUCACUUAACCUCCUUGUGCUCCGUCUUUCGGGUGAGACGUAAUUGUAAGUGACUCUGCAGUUGAUGCAUAGUUCACACACCCUAGUCUCUGUAAGUCACCUUGGAUAAAGGCGUCUGCUAAAUAAACAAAUAAUAAUAAUAAUAAUAAAAUAAUAUAAAACUGUUACCUAUUAUUGUAAUAGUGUCAGCAGCACAGAAAUGCUGUACUUGUUAAAUAUAGUUUUAUUUACCAGCUUAUGAGCCAGAUCACACCAGCUCUUGCUACCUGGCUAAAUCAAGAUAAAGUGAAAGUUAAUUUUUUAUUUUUUUUAAAUGCCACCUUACAUGGAAAGCACCAAGAGAACUGAACUGUGAUUACAAAAGAUACAAUGGAUUUGUAUGUUUCUGUACACAUUUCAAAUUACACAGCAAUACAUAAAAAAAUAAAAUGUAAUAAUUCUUUGACAAAUUUUUUUUUUUAAGACUUCUAGUCACGUGAUCGUAAAAUCUGAAGAAAACCAAGUUGUUUUUUUUCUUUCUGUGGAUGGAUACAAAACUAAGAAUGCACUCGUACAAACAAUAAGUAAAGCGACAUGUACAUCUCUUUGAUACAAGUUCUGCUGUGGAGGGUCUUCUUUAAAUAGUAUUGACAACUUGAAUACAAUUAUACACGUUCACAUCUGCAAAGUGGAGGCUGUGUGGUCCAGUGGUUAAAGAAAAGGGCUUGUAACCAGGAGUUCCCCGGUUCAAAUCCCACCUCAGCCACUGACUCAUUGUGUGACCCUGAGCAAGUCACUUAACCUCCUUGUGCCCCGUCUUUGGGGUGAGACGUAAUUGUUAGUGACUCUGCAGCUGAUGCAUAGUUCACACACCCUAGUCUUUGUAAUUCGCCUUGGAUAAAGGCGUCUGCUAAAUAAAUAAAAAAUAAAGACAUUCCAUCUCAUUUUACAAGUUUACAAUGAUAAGUGCUAGUUGUGAGGCUUAAACCACACAACUUGAAUAAUCUGACUGAAUGCUGGCCCUUAAUUAAAUGUGUGAAAUGUGUCUUAAUGAAUUCGGGACUCUAACUCAGAAGCCAGACAAUUAAUUAAUUACCCUUCCCUUACCUCUCGCUACACAGUGUUUGCAAUGCUUGGUAACUUAUCUUAAGUAAAACUCUUACAAUAAAAUUCUGGGACCUAAAAAAAAAAAAA